AUGAAAAUGGAAAUGUUAACGGAAACAAAAACAAGGGUAAUUCCAAUGGUAAUGACGGCAACCACUUGUGACAAUAACGGCGAUUUGAAUGGGAACCUAAACAAUGGUACUGCCAACAGAAUCGGUGAUGGAAACCUGAACAAUGGCAUUGCCAACGGAAACAACAACGGAAAUGUUAACAACGACGACUUUAACGGCAUGCUUAACGGAAACAAAAACGGAAAGAUCAAGUACGCAAAUAAUGUCACCUUGUCAUCACUAUUGCAAAUCUACUUCUAG